AUGCUUGUCCACUGGCCAGCAGCAUUCCAACAAAGAGAGGAUGAUAACUAUGUUCCAACAGAUGCUAACGGAAAGAUCAUCUUCGAACACGUUGAUAUCAUCGAAACAUGGAACGCCUUUGAGAAGCUUGUUGACUUAGGAUAUGCUAAGCACAUUGGUGUUUCCAACUUCUCAAUUGAACAGUUAGAAAGAAUCAGAUAUUCCGAAAAGGUUAAGAUCCAGCCAUAUUGCAACCAGAUCGAAGGCCACCUUUAUCUCCAGCAGCCAGUUAUGACCCGUUACCUCGCUGAGAGAAAGAUUUACCUUACUUUCUUCUCUUGCCUCGGCAGAGCAACACUUCAGGGUCCAUUUGGCGUCCCACUUAUCAAGGAUCCAGUUCUUGAGGAAGUCGCUAAGGAAGUCGGAAAGACAACAGCUCAAACUAACCUCAGAUUCUUGAAGCAGCUUUCUCCAUACAACGUAGUUAUCCCAAUGUCCAACAAUCCAGUUAACAUCAAGGGUAACUUCGAACUUGAUUUCACUCUUUCUGAAGAACAAAUGAACAAAUUAAAGUCUCGUGAUCGUGCUUUCAGAUUUGUUGAUCCAUGGCUUGAAUGGGGUGUUGAUGCUCUUAACCUUGGUCACUAA